UUGCUGUUAGAACAUUUCCCCAGUUGACGAUUGGCUCGCUGUACAGCCGGCGAAUCUGUGAUUGGGCGAGGUCAUUGGUGAACUGUGGAGGAAAGAUGGCGGCCUCGUUGGUGCCCGUGUGCGGGAGGUCGGUGCGACUUUUGCGGGUAUUGGGGCACAGGGCGGAGCCGAGGUUCCGAGCAUUUAGCGCAGAGCAGGGAGCGGAAGGUGGACUGACGGGGUCGGUGCUGCAGGAGAAGUUACAGAAGCGAGACACCGAGGCAUCGUCAGACUCAUCUGGUUCAGAGGAAAAACAGAAGAAACAGAAAGAAAACACGGCUAAUGCCAAAAAGGUUAUCCUGAGAGUUGCGGGGGUGCUUGGUGUUGCUGGAAGCGGGGCCCUUGUUUACAUAUUUGGCAGCAAUUCUGUGGAUGAGCAGGGAAAGGAGAUACCAGAUGAAUUUGACAGCGACCCCCCUGUUGUGCAACAAAUGAAAAGAACCUACAAAUACUUUAAAGACUAUCGGCAGAUGAUUAUUGAGCCAACAAGUCCUCAGCUUCUCCCAGAUCCCCUAAAAGAACCUUAUUACCAACCCCCCUACACUUUAGUGCUUGAACUGACAGACGUGCUGCUUCAUCCAGAGUGGUCGUUGUCGACUGGCUGGAGAUUUAAGAAGAGAGCAGGCAUUGAUAACUUGUUCAAGCAGCUGGCUCCUCUGUAUGAAAUUGUUAUAUUUACCUCUGAAACAGGACUGACUGCAUUUCCUCUUAUUGAUAGUGUUGACCCUCAUGGUUUUGUGUCAUACCGUCUUUUCCGGGACGCUACACGUUACACAGAAGGACAUCAUGUUAAGGACAUCUCUUGCCUCAAUAGAGACCCCUCCCACGUAGUUAUUGUGGACUGUAAGCGAGAAGCAUUCAAGCUGCAGCCGUACAAUGGGCUUGCUAUAAAGAAGUGGGAUGGUAACUCAGAAGAUCGGGCUCUCUAUGACCUGACAGCAUUUUUAAAAACAAUUGCAGUGAAUGGGGUAGAUGAUGUCCGUACAGUCCUGGAGAACUAUUCUCUCGAAGACGAUCCACUAGAAGCUUUUAAGCGCCGUCAAACACAACUGGAGCAGGAGGAACAGCAGAGACUAUCUGAACUGUCCCAGCUCAGUAAGAGACAGACACUAUCUCUGGGUUCUUUUACCAGCCGACUGUGGCCCCGUUCCAAACAACAGUGACACCCUGUUCUCCAAAUUCAGUGUACUCUGAUGCUCCAUUCCCUUGCACCAUUGUAUAUAUAACAAGUGUUUAAACAAUCUCUUAGGCAGAACAUGGACUGUCUCUCUAGAUACGUGCUCAAGAGAUUUGUGAACAUUAUUAAUAAAGACAUUUUCUAGAA